AUAUACUCCACUUUAUUGUCCCUAUAUAUAGUUCGUCAGACAACAUAAUUUUUUAUAAACAUUUCUCCCGUUUUCCUGGCAUUCCUUCUUCUUCAUCAUUUUUUAACUUUGAAAUCUUCUUCUCAACUCCAUAUUCCAAUAUCAAUAAAGUUUAUAAACUAUAAAGAUGCUAACGGCGACUAGUGCGGCCGCCGGAAGAGCCCGAUCGAUGUGGUUAAUGAAACUGCAGUCGGGCUUCCGGACCGCCGUGGCCUGCGCCAUAAUAGGCUGCGCGGCCCUUUACACACCGGCCGAUUUCUCAACCCAAAUCAGAUACCCAUCACUUUCCUACGUAACAGCCAUCCUAAUCCUUUCCGGCGACGCCACCUUAGGCGACACCAUUAGAGGGUGUUGGCAUGCAGUAUGCGCCACGCUUCAAGUGUUGCCAUUCACCGCCGCGGCCGUCAUGCUGGUCGGGUCGACCAGAUUCUCACCGGCGGUCGGGGCCGCGGCGGUGGCGCUGACGGCGUUCCUGGUGUGUCUGCCGAACACGUCGUUGCUGACGAAACGGCUGGCGUUCGGGCAGAUUGUGAUCAUCUACGUGGAUGUUAUAGUUCAUGGGAAACAGCAUCCGGAGGAAAUCAUGCACCCGGUUCAUAUUGCAGCUAAUACUGGACUUGGAGCUGUCGCGGCUUUCCUUGCUCUCUUGUUUCCGUACCCUCGUCUUGCUUAUCACCAGGUUCAGAAACUCUGCCAAUCAUAUGUUGAGAAUGCAAUAGAAAGGACAAACCUCUAUUUGAAUGCCUCAAUCUCGGAAAGCCAGAUCACAGCCAUGGACUUGAUCUCCCAGGCAAAGCCCUUGGCUGUUACAGGAAAUAGGCUCCUUCGGGCUAUAACUCUGAUGCAGGAUGGUAUUUUAUGGGAGAUGCCUUGGAUCAGAUUCUCCAAACGCCAGUUCAUAAACCCAGCAGACAGACUUCAAGAAAUGGAAACAUCGAUGAGAAACAUGGAAAUUGUCCUUAAAUACUCUGCUGGAUCACCUACUCAAGAGUUCACUGAUAUCGUUCUUAGUAUGUUGCCCCAUCUUCGUCUAAAACUUGAACGCGCCAGAUGUUUUCUGCCGUACUCAACCACGGUGCCAGAGCCGAGAGAGGAGUUGAUUGAAACUCUCAUAACGACCAAGCAGAAAAUGAACUUCCUGGAGAGCAAAAGCCUUUCGGCAUUUUUCUUCUUGUCUUGCGCGGAAAAUUUCUUGAGGGAGUCCAUCACAAGACAAAAACCUGAGCCUAUUUCAGGAGGUUGUACAACGGAAGGCGACGAGCCAGAAGGCCUCAAAGCAGUACAACUAACUGGGCUGAAGAAAGUGUACCAGAAAUGGAUUUCGGAAAUGAAGAAUGAAGGGUUACUAUUUGCAUUCAAGUGUUCAAUUGCUUUGGGUCUUGCGGUGCUAAUCGGCGUGACAUUUGACCAGAAAAAUGGUUUUUGGUCAGGCCUAACAAUCGCUAUCAGUUUCGCUCCAGGAAAACAAGCAAUUUUCACACUGGCGAAUGCUCGGGCACAAGGAACAGCAAUUGGAUCAGUCUAUGGGGUGUUAGGAGCCUUCGUGUUCAAGAAUCUUGUUGGCAUAAGAUACCAGAAGCUCGCUGACAUAAGAUUCGUCGCUGUUUUCCCUUGGAUAAUUUUUACUAGUUUUCUAAGGAAGAGUCGGAUGUAUGGUGAGGCUGGUGGUAUUUCUGCUGACAUUGGAGCUCUAUUGAUCCUAGGGAGGCACAACUACGGAGCUGCAAAUGACUUUGCAAUAGCCCGGCUAUCAGAGGUUGUCAUCGGACUAAGUUGUUUUAUCCUCGUAGAGCUGCUUUUGCAACCAGUCAUGGCAUCCACUUUGGCCAAGCGACAUCUCUAUCUCAGCCUUAGAAAACUACAAGAUUGCAUAGUGCAAACAGCUCAACCCUCAAGAGAAAAGAAUCAAUCACCCCUGAACUUCCAAGAGUUCGACAGAACACAUCAUCAUCUCAAGUCCCAUGUCGAUGAGUUUGAGAAGUUCAUUGACCAAGCAGAGCUAGAACCGAAUUUCUGGUUUUUGCCAUUCAGAGGUGAUCGCUACAGGAAGCUCCAUGAGUCCUUGCUAAAUGUUGUUGAUCUACUGUGUUGCACAGCCAACUACCUCGAAUUGGUUCCAGUAGAAAUACAGAAUCAAUUUGAAAUGUGGAAGGAGCUUCAAAAUCAAAUAGAUGAGGCCUUCGAGGCUUGCAACGACACCUUGCGCUCUUCAUUAAGCGACCUCGAGAAAGCCAAAAUAUUGAAGUCAUAUCGAGUAGCUCAAGAACUACAAGAGGGAAACCUACUAGAAGAUCUUGAAAAUGGGAACUGCCAAAUAUUAAGAACGUCAUAUGGGUCUGUCAUAGAAGACACACACAUAGAAAAGUUUGAAAGUUCUUAUCUUCAGCAGCUCAAAAAGAUUACUGAAGACAUCAGGGAGAGUGAAUGUGAGGCAGAGUUCGGAGGAAUUCAAGCAUUGCCUGCUUUGGGAUUCUGCAUAAGCUGUUUAAUGAGAGAAGUACAAGGGGCUUUCAAGCUUACAAAAGAACUGAUACCAUGGGAGACAACUUUGAUGUAAUGAGCAACUGUGAGUCUAUGAUUGAUGUCAAGCGUGUAUGUAUGGCAGGAUCACAUCACUCGGCUGCCCAAGCAGAAUUAUGUUACCUAGGAUAUUAAUAUAAAGAUAUACCCUCCGACCAUGGAAACCUUUCACAUCUCUCACCCACUAGAACACAAAAGUUCAAGCUAUGUUACAAAUUAGAUACAGAGCAACAUCCAAAUGUAGCUAAGUUUCUAUAUUAAAAUUUAAAAAAUUCUAAAGAAAAUCCAGUUUAUGAUCAACAAUAGAAGAGCCACUGUAUCAAGUAUAUUUGCCUAGGAGGUACCAUACCCACAAUUAACUACAACUAGUCAAACUUGAAACAACUAACAAAAUUGGGCUCUCAAUUACCCUCGUAUUUGGGGUCGGCCAUCACAUAAUGAUAAGCAAUCACAAGUACAAAUAUAAAGAUACCAAGAAAGUUGGCGAAGAAGCCCAGAUCUUGAUCGUCAAUCAUCUGUCACAAGAAGCCCAAAAAUAACAGCACGAGCAUAAGGGUGACAGGCAUCUUCCAAAAGAUGUUAAUGGUUUCAAAAAGGAACAACUAUGCCUAUUAGGUAAAUUAAAUCAGAAAGUUUACAAGAUGGGUUUUAUCAAUAAUAUACCUAUUCCAUUCAAUUUACCAUUGUAAACACAAGAUAACUAGAAAGAAAAAGGUAGACGCUUUACAUGACAAUUCGUGUUCUGCAGCUACUAUGCAAACUGUAUAACCUUACUAUAUAUAUGAUACGUGCAAUAAGGACCUUAAAUUAACUAUCAUGUUCCCUUCAACUCAAGCACUUUCCAGCAUUCCCCAGCCAAAAAGCUGGAUGGAACAAUAUCUACGAAGGAGUUGAGAACAACCAUCACACGUUUAUCGCUAAAACGCAAGAAGUGUAUGAGGUAUGUCAAUAAAUCCACCUAAAACCUAGUCUAAAACAUCAGAAACUAACAGUUUCUUAAAUGAAAGGCUCUGAAAAUAAAACAACAGCAUCUGCGUAUCCCAAACCAAAAGCAACCUCGCCUCAAACAAUAAGGAUGACUAAUUUGCCUAGAAUCAACAUAUUAAACCCUUAAGUAUUGAACAGAUGGAGAAAUCCCUGACAAAAUUAAAUGUGAAGAAACAAAUGUGUGACGCAAACAACUGGUACGCAACAUCACACCAAUCCGAGAAAUUAGAUCUAAUCCAUGGAUCAUCAACGUUGAAUCAACAAAAGCAAUAAUCAAAGAUAUAAUGCACAACGAAAAAUCAAAUUCGGAUAAAUUAAGAGUACAAAACUGGACAUGAAGAACCCUAGAUCAAAGCGAUAAAGUAACUACUACAAAUGAUCUGAAAGAAUGAGCAGAUAUGGUCAGUAAAUCUUACCUUUCCAAGCGACAAAAAGGAGGAAAAAAAGAAGAAAAAUCAGCGCUGCAGUUUUCUCCCAAACACGAGAAGAACAGAAGCUAGUUUCAAUCUUUAUUUUUUUUUAAAGAUUGAUAAGCACAAUAUAGACUGCCCGUUACGGCGUCGUCUUCAAUGUGCCGCGACGCAAAACCAUUGAAGAUAUAAAAGUAGAAUGAUCAACAAUGUGGCUGCUGGGAUUCGAGCCCAGGUCUCCACGGCCACAACGUGGAAUUCUUACCACUAAACUACA